AUGGACAUGGAAUUCGAGCUGCCUGAUCGAGCCUAUAUCGGUGGAACUGAAACAAAGUUAACCCUUAGGGAAAUCAUAAGCCGAUUAGAGAAAGUUUACUGCGGUCCCAUCGGAGUAGAGUACAUGCACUUGCACGACCUGGACUGCCUCCAAUUCAUCCGAGAGCGAAUGGAGACGCCAGGCGCCAUGGACAAGACACAGGAAGAGAAAAAACUUAUCAUGCGCAGACUAACGAAAGCCGUCUUCCUUGAGAAAUAUUUUGCGACCAAGUGGCCUGCAGAGAAGCGAUUCGGUUUGGAGGGCGGCGAGAGCAUGAUCGUGAUGCUGGAGGAGAUCGUGGAUACCAGCACCGAGCUCGGCGUCGAGUCCAUCGUGAUGGCCAUGCCACAUAGAGGUCGUCUGAACGUGUUAGUCAACGUGUGCCGUAAGCAGCUCACUGAUAUUUUUGCUCAAUUCAGACCCAUGGAGCCCAAAGAGCCGGGGUCGGGUGACAUCAAGUACCACCUGGGCACGUAUAUCCACCGCUUCAUCCGACGCACCAACAGAUACAUCAAGGUGUCCAUGAGCUGCAAUCCCUCGCAUUUGGAGGUGGUCACACCAGUCGUGGCGGGCAAAGCCCGGGCCGAGCAAUACUGGACCGGCGACAAGAACGGUGAUAAGGUGAUGGCGAUUAUAAUACACGGCGACGCGGCGUUCGCGGGACAGGGCGUGGUGUACGAGACGGUGCACAUCGGGCAGCUGCCCAAUUUCACCACGCACGGCGCCAUACACAUCAUCUGCAACAACCAGAUCGGGUACACCACCGACCCGAGGUUCGCGAGGAGCUCACCCUACUGCACUGACGUGGCGAAGUGUGUGGACGCACCGGUACUGCAUGUGAACGGCGACGACGCGGAGGCGGUGUCUCACGUGGCACGUGUGGCCAUCGCCUACCGCUGCCGCUUCAAGCGAGACGUCGUGCUCGACCUCGUGUGCUACCGUCGCUUCGGCCACAGCGAGGAGGACGAGCCCAUGUUCACGCAGCCCUUCAUGUACAAGAAGAUCAAGACUAUGAAAACAGUUGACCAGAUAUACGCUGAUAAAUUGAAGAGCGAGGGAAUGGUAACGGAUGCUGAAAUCAAGGGUUGGGAGAAGGAAUACUUGGACACACUGAACAAGCACUUCGAGCUGGCCAAGAAGGUGACCAAAUUGAGCAUCAUGGACUGGAUCGAUACACCGUGGACUGGGUUUUUUGAAUCCAGGGAUCCCAAACGGAUCGGUGAUACUGGAAUAUGCGAAGAGUCUAUAAUGACGAUCGCGAAACACUUUUGCACGCCGCCCGAGCCCUGGGCGUUCGAAGUUCACAAGGGCAUCAAUAAAAUAUUGGCGAAUCGAGAGAAGAUGGUGAAAGAAGGCUUUGCGGACUGGGCGAUGGGGGAGGCGCUGGCAUACGGAUCGCUGCUACGCGACCACAUACACGUGCGUCUCACCGGUGAGGACGUGGAGCGAGGCACCAUGGCCCAUAGGCACCACGUGUACCAUCAUCAAGGUGUGGACGGAGCCACAUACAGAGUCCUUGACACCGUGUACCCGGAUCAGGCCAAGUACUCGCUUUACAACAGUUCCUUGUCAGAGUUCGGAAUCCUCGGCUUCGAGACAGGCUACUCGUACUCUAGUCCACAUCUGUUGUCGAUUUGGGAGGCGCAGUACGGUGACUUCGCGGACACGGCUCAGCCAGUUUUCGAUACGUUCAUCAGCAAUGGCGAGAGCAAGUGGGUCUGCCAGUCCGGCAUCGUGGUGCAAUUACCGCAUGGUAUUGAUGGUGCGGGCCCAGAGCACUCGUCAGCGCGUGUGGAACGUUACUUGAUGCAGUGCAACGACGACGAGGACAUUCUUCCAGACCUUGACGACAAAGACAUGGUCUUGAAUCAACUUCGGGCAGCAAACUGGAUAGUGUGCAACGUGACCAACGCGGCCAACUACUGUCACUUGCUACGGCGGCAGGUGGCGCUCCCGUUCCGCAAGCCGCUCAUCCUAUUUACACCAAAGAUCGGCCUCAAGCACCCAUACUACAAGUCGCCGUUUAAGGACUUCUUGCCUGGAACCACUUUUCAAAGAGCCAUUCCAGAGAAUGGCCCAGCAUCAAAAAACCCGAAGGGCGUGAAGAAGCUGAUAUUCUGUUCCGGCAAAGUGGCCAUCACGAUCGACGAUUUGCGUAAAGAGAAGAAGCUAGAAGACAAAAUAGCGAUGUGCCGCAUUGAGCAACUCUACCCGUUCCCCUAUGAUAUUGUCCUGAAAGAAUUCUGCAAGUACAAAGAUGCCAAAGUGGCGUUUUGCCAAGAAGAGCACAAGAAUCAAGGUCCAUGGUUGUAUUGCAAAGUGAGGAUGGAGAAUUUAUUUGGACAAAAAAUAGAGUAA